AUGGGUUAUCUGACAAAGAACAAAAUUGAAAUGGAAGGGAUAGCAGUGAAUCUCAUUGAUCCAACCUUGAUAGAUGGUUCCAGGAAUAAAAUGAUGAGAUGCAUCCACAUUGGAUUACUCUGCGUUCAAGAAAACGUAGCUGACAGACCAACCAUGGCUGCAAUUAUUCUGAUGCUUAAUAGCUUAUCAAUCUCCCUCCCGAUGCCAUCAGAACCAGCGUUUUUUAUGCACACCAACAUUGAAUCGGACAUGUCAUCCUCGUUGGGCUAUGAUUUCAUGGUGUCCAAAAGUGAAACACGCCCAUUGUCCAAGAACGAAGCUUCGAUUACUGAUCUAUAUCCUCGAUAGGAUUUGAGAAUUGAAUGUUAAAAUUACAAAUAUUUUGACUAA